AUGGAGGCUUCACUUCAACGGGAAUCCCCGCGUCGUGUUUCAGAGGCGACCCCUCCGCCGUCCCCGGGGCCGCCUCUGCCGCCGCCUCCCCCUCCGCCGCCGCCGCCGCCUUCCAGUCUGGCGCUGCCAGGCAAACAGCAGCGCGAGGAGAAAAGAGCGGCGCUGAGUAAAGUAGUUAUACGUCGCCUGCCUCCUAGUUUUACCAAAGAGCAGCUGGAGGAACAGCUCCAUCCUCUUCCUGCUCAUGAUUAUUUUGAAUUUUGCACCUCUGAUCACAGUCUUUAUCCUCACCUCUACUCAAGAGCAUACAUUAAUUUUAGAAAUCCUGAUGACAUCCUUCUUUUUAGAGAUCGCUUUGAUGGCUAUGUCUUCAUUGACAAUAAAGGUUUAGAAUAUCCUGCUGUGGUUGAAUUUGCACCAUUUCAAAAGAUUUCAAAAAAGAAACUGAAGAAGAAAGAUGCAAAAGCUGGAAGCAUAGAAGAUGAUCCAGAAUAUAGGAAGUUUUUAGAAAGUUACUGUGCUGAAGAAGAAAAAAUUUGUGCCAACCCUGAGACAUUGUUGGGAGAGAUUGAGGCCAAAACAAGAGAGCUUAUUGCUAGAAGAACAACACCCCUUUUGGAAUACAUUAAAAAUAGAAAAUUAGAAAAACAGAGAAUACGAGAAGAGAAAAGGGAAGAACGAAGGAGGAGAGAAUCAGAAAAGAAACGUCUUAGAGAAGAUGAGAAACGGAAGCGGAGAGAGGAAGAAAGACGUAAAAGGAAAGAAGCUGAAAAGCAAAAGAAAAUUGCUGAAAAAGAAAUAAGGAUAAAGCUUCUUAAGAAACCUGAGAAAGGAGAUGAGCAAUCCACAGAAAAGCACAGAGAAAAAGAAAAAGCUGAAAUAGAAGAGAACAAGUGGGAGAAAUCACCAGGGCAUGGGAGCAUAAAAUCCAAGCCACUGGAAAGUUCACUAAAGGAACUUAAGGAAAAGUCACAAAAUGAUAGUGAUAAAGAGCAAAGAGAUUCAGAGAGAAGAUUUCGUGAAAAAGAACCUGAGAGACAAAGGUAUCGGUUGGAUGAUGGCCGAAAGCACAGAACUCAUUAUGAAUUUGACAAGUUUGUGAGAAGGAAUGAAGACGAGCUGAAAUGGGGGAAAGGAUGCAACCAAGAUCGAGGGAAGAAAGCGAACUACAACUACAGCUUCACUGUGGACACAGUAGACAAACUGGGUAAAGAGGACAAGUGUGAUGACAUGGCAUCCAAAAAGGAGCGCAUAAGAAAUAAGGAUCGGCCAGCCAUGCAGCUGUACCAGCCAGGAGUUCGCAUUCGAACACAUACGGUGUCUACAAGUAGGUCCUAUGAUUGUUCUGAAAAGUCUUCCGAAGAAAUGUACGACAGAAAAUAUGAGGCAGACAGUUCAACUGGAGGUGGUUCAGAGAAGAGUGAAGAUGCAGAAUGAAACAAAAUGGGCAGAAACACUGACAUUUAAAACUUCAUGUCCCCACAGAAUAUUAUGUUCUCAAAACUGGACCAGCAUUACCAACAAAAUAAUGGCUUUUCUGUUCUAGCAGUAAUUUUGGCCACAUGCAACAUUACAUAAAGUUAAUGAGAAUCCCUUCAUGAACAAAUGAAAAACCUUGUUAGACGUAGGAUCACAUCAGAGAUACAUUUAUUCUGUCUCUAGCUGUUGUGAGAGCUCUAUGUGUGGGAAGACAACUUCCAACUUUGCUAUGCAUAUAGAUGCAUAUUUGAUUGUGUAUUAUGAUAAUACUAUCCCCAAGUUUGCUUUUUUGGUGGUUUUCAUGUGAGUUAUCACUGAUAUGUUAUGCAGUCAAACAUGUGUCUUUAUGCUUGAAGGUGGGGAGUUCUCAUAUGAAUAGACCAUGCUUGGCUUGAGAUGUGAGUGCUCAUCUAUAAUAUGACCCUGUUGAAUAUUUGCUAUAUUUCAUGCAGAAUUUGGAAGAUUCUGAUAGCUUCCUGCAUAUUUAAAAUGUGUUUUGUAGAAAACAUUUCCAAACAUGUUUCACCUUUCCUGGCCUGUUAAACUGAGAGGAAUUUUCUAGAAGUGUGUAUUUCCAUCAGUUUGAACUGAGGCACUUUAACUGUAUUCUACACAUUACGUUAACUACACAGGUCUCAGUUCUGCAAGACCACGAGAGUAAGGCAUUAUACAGAGUAUAAUUGAAUGUUGCAUCAAUUGGGGAGCAAAAUAAACUAAAAUAAGUACCAUAGCCUUGGUCCUGCUAGGAGUAAGUAAUUUAGUCCUAAUUUAGCAAGUGCAUUAGUACAUAGUGCACUGUAAGCAAAUGACACCAUCUUUACAUUGAAAUGAUUCAUAUGGUUGUAAUUAAGAUAAUGUUGAGAUGAUUUAUUGCAGGGCAGAACUCAACUCAUUGCAGGAUCAUGCAUGGUUAAAUAUGGUAAAUAUUUGCAGGAUGAGGUUAAUAAUUUGUACAUUUAUGUCCAGUGUCUGCAGGCCUCCGUACCUCAUUACAUUUACAACGAUUUUCAGGGGCAAACUAGAUGUUACUGCAACAUGAUCCCAUACGCUAUGAUUCUGGGUCACCCUAACUGUCUAUAAAGUGGCCGGCGGGUGGAGUGGGGAUUAAAUCACCAGCAUAGCAUGUGAGUGUGCUGGAGAGAGCUGAAUUUUUCCCCUGCUUGUGCUUUUCCUCCAGAAAGUGCUUCCCUCCAGCUUUUUUUCCUCUUGAGUGGGAGUUACUUCCAGUUUCAGAAAACUGAGGGUUAAUUCCAGUCUUUUUUUCCCCUGUCAAGGGCAAAAAAUAGAUUGGGGGAGGCAGUUUAAGGGGGGAAAGUCUGGGCAAGGGAGGGAUUUAGUACUUCCACCCACCUAUGCCACACUUUAAAUCACACCCCUACACUUGUUUCACGGGAUUUCAAAGGCAGUCUAGUUCUAGUAUACAGGGCUGCUGUCAUCAAAGGUAGUUUGCUGUUCUGUUUGCUGGAAAGUCAGGUGAGUGUCUGUUCUUUUUCAGUUUCUGAACUUUGUUGCCUUUUAAUAGUUUUCAUGUGCUUAAACCAAAAGGGUGUGUGUGGACCCAUAAGCCUGAAUACUUACUGUUGUAUCUAACUUUCAUGAAAUGCCAUUUUAAAUGUUUUCCCCCACCUUUUUAAUAUGUGAUUUUAAUGACAAUAUUUUGUAUGUUAAUAUUUUGUAGAAUAUGUUUUUACGUAAGUCACAAAUGGAAAUAUGUAUGUUGAUAUAUAUAAAUAAGCUAUGGAACAGAAUGCAUUUGAGGGAACUAUGGCAAUUCCUUCCUUUCAUCGUGCUAGUUUAGAACAAGUUCUUUGAUUGUAUACGUUCUUGUUGCUAGUCUCUUCAGUGAGCACUCUACUUGCCUUCAGGGCAGAGCAGCACUCUGACAACACUGAGGUGGCUUUUUGUUUGUCUGAAACAAGAUCUUAUUUGACUACUUUUUUUACAUCAUGUCUUGAACCUUUUAUUACUAAUCAUACUAUCAACAUUUGAUUGUUCUAAUGUUGAAAGUCCAGGAGAUCAUCUUUCUUCACAACAAAGAAUAAACUGAGAUCGGAUCAUCUGA